AUGGCCGAUUCUUCGCAGCCUGUGCCACCGGCACCCGCCGACGUGGAAGCCACCCAGGCCACCUCGGGCGGCCAGAAGAUUGAUCCCUGGAACGUCUCUGGCGAGGUGGGAGAGGAUGGCAAGGUCAAGGCCAUUGACUACCACAAGCUCACGAAUGAGUUUGGCACGUCCCUGAUCGACGACAAGCUCCUCGAGCGCUGGGAAAAGGUCACGGGUCACAAGCCGCAUCGGUUCAUGAGACGGCAGAUUGUGUUCAGUCACAGGGACCUGUCACUCAUCUUGGAUCGCUACGAGAAGAAUGAACCUUUCUACCUUUACACGGGGCGCGGACCGAGCAGUGACAGCAUGCACGUAGGCCACACUCAGGUGUUCGACUUUGUCAAGUGGCUGCAGGACGUUCUCGACGUGCCCCUAAUCAUCAUGUUGACAGAUGAUGAAAAGUUCCUCUUCUCCGAGAAGCGCACCGUCGAGGAGGUUAUUGGGUACAGCAAGACGAAUGCCAUGGACAUCAUUGCCAUUGGAUUCGACCCGAAGAAGACUUUCAUCUUUUCCGACUUUGAGUAUGUCGGUGGCGCAUUCUACCGCAACAUUGUGCGCUUCUCCAAGCGCGUGACGUACAACACCGCAAAGGCAAUCUUUGGUUUCGACGGAAGCUCCAACAUUGGCAAGAUUCACUUUGCCAGCAUCCAGGGCGCCACCGCCUUUGCGACGUCCUUCCCGCACAUCUUCGGCGCGGACGAGAAGCGCGUGGCGGGCAUCCCGUGCCUGAUCCCGUGCGCCAUCGACCAGGACCCCUAUUUCCGUCUCACGCGCGAUGCGGCGUACGGCCUGCGCUACGCCAAGCCCUCCCUCAUCCACAUGCGCUUCCUCGAUGCCCUGCAAGGGCCUGGCUCCAAAAUGUCGGCCAGCGACGCCAACUCGGCCAUCUUCCUGAGCGACACGCCGAAGCAGAUCAAGACCAAGAUCAACAAGUAUGCCUUCUCGGGCGGCCAGGAGACGCUGGAGGAGCACCGCGAGCUGGGCGGGAACCCCGAUGUCGACGUGGCGUACCAGUAUCUGCAGUUCAUGAUGGACGACGACGAGGAACUCGCCCGCUUGAACCGCGAGUACAGGAGCGGAGAAUUGCUUACUGGCGAGAUGAAGAAUGUCUGCAUCGAGCACUUACAGAAAUACGUCACGGGGUUCCAGGAGCGCAGGGCCAAGGUCAACGAGGACGUUGUCAACGAGUUCAUGGCGACGCGACCACUGGAGUGGGCCGGCAACCCCAACGUCCCGCGCGCCGACCUCGUGGUGCCUGUCAAGGCCGAGGGCGGCGAGUCGAAGGAGGGUGGUGAGGUUGGCGACGGCAAGCUGUCGAAGAAUGCGCAAAAGAAGCUCCUGAAGGAGCAGAAGCUGGCGCAGCAGAAGGCGGAGAAGGAAGCGGCCAAGGCCGCUACACACGCGUCGUCAUAG